AAUGUUAUUUUGAACAUUCGAUCUUAGUUGUCAUAAUCUAUUUAUUAUAAAAUAGUUAAUUAAUAAAGCUUUAACAAUGUCUUCUCCCGCCCCAAAAUCCCCAGAACAAACCGAUAAAAGUAAAAAAUAUGAUAGACAAUUGAGGUUAUGGGGAGAUCAUGGUCAAAAGCUUUUAGAACAUUCAAAAGUAUGUCUUAUAAACGCGACCGCACUUGGUACAGAAAUUUUAAAAAGUCUGAUUCUACCUGGUAUAGGUUCAUUUACGAUUGUAGAUGGAGAGAAAGUAACUGAAGAAGAUAUUGGAUCAAAUUUCUUUUUGGAAAGCGAUAGUAUCGGCAUGUCUAGAGCACAUGUAGCUACACAAUGUUUAUUGGAAUUGAAUCCAGAUGUACGGGGUGAUUUUAUCGACGAAUCACCAGAGCACGUCAUGUCACACACUCAAGAUUUCUUCAACAAAUUUACAGUCGUUAUUGCUACAGCUUUACCUGAAAAAGUUCUCAUUCCCCUUUCAAAACAUCUAUGGGCAUAUGAUGUUCCACUUUUAGUAUGCAGAAGCAUAGGUUUCUUAGGUUAUAUACGAUUACAAGUUAAGGAACAUACAGUUAUAGAAACACAUCCUGAUAGUGAAAAUUAUGAUUUAAGGCUACUCUCUCCUUGGAGAUCAUUAAAAGAACAUUUAGAAUCAAUAGACGUAGCGAUGCUAGAUUCAAAGACACGCAGUCAUACUCCAGCAUUAGUCAUUUUGUAUUAUUAUUUAAAUAAAUAUAAAGAAUUGAAUGGGGGAGCCUUACCAAAGACAAGGCAUGAAAAAGAUAUUCUCAAAAAAAUGAUAAGAGAUAGUCCAGUAGCAAAUGAAGGUUGUGUUAGAGUAUUAGAAGAGAAUUUUGAAGAAGCUAUUAGAUACGCAAAUACUUGUCUGAAUCCUCCGAUCGUUCCCCACAAUGUACAGGAGAUAUUAGAUGACGACAGUUGCAAAAAACUAUCACACAACAGUUCAUCUUUCUGGAUUAUGUGUAUGGCUCUAAGAGAAUUUGUAGAAGGAGAAGGAUCUUUACCUGUAAAAGGAAGUUUACCUGACAUGGCUGCAGAUACUACAAGUUAUAUAACAUUACAACAAUUAUAUCAUCGGCAAGCGGAACAACAAGCCGAAGUAAUAUAUAGAAGAGCUUCUGAUAUAGCGCGAGAUUUGGGGUUACCUCUCGAGGCUAUUACACAAAAUGAAGUAAAAUUAUUUUGUAAACACUCUAGUGAAUUGAACGUAACAAGAGGUAGUUGUAUAGCGGAUGAAUAUGAACGUACUCGUUUAGAUCUUUCCUCAUACCUCGAAGAUCCUGAUAGUUUGAUGUUUUAUUAUGUGAUACUUAGAGGUUUGGAACGAUUCAUUAGCGAAUUUAAUACUUAUCCAGGUCAAUUUGAUGAUCAGGUGGAACCGGACGUAUUAAAAUUAAAAGGGAUUAUUACUAAAUUGCUAUCAGAAUGGAGUUGUUCUCAAGUACUUAGAGACGAAAGAGUCCACGAAGUAUGCAGAUAUGGCGGUGCUGAAAUCCAUUCGGUUUCAGCUGUUUUAGGAGGUUGCGCCGCUCACGAGGUUAUAAAACUCAUAACGCAUCAGUACAAAUUAUUGAAUAACGCGUUUAUUUACGACGCGAUUAGUUCUAAUUCUGCUACAUUUUGUCUUUAGAUUUAGAAAAGUGAUAAGAUUUUUUUAAAUAAAACAAAAAUACAAUAAAAAAA